CCCUAACUCGCCAGAAGGUGAACUGCACCCAAAUCUAACUGAAAACACUUGCCCUUCUCAAGCCUAAUGAGCCGGGCCUGCAGCGCUUUUCUGCCACCACUGACUACGAUGACAUAGCAAAGAAAAAAAAAAUACCUAUGAAAUCCUUCGAGAUCUUCACUCUCAAGAUCCCUGGGAAGCGCACAUACACCACCACAUGGAAGCUGACGGGAAAGGGAGAGUCGGUGUUUUAGCAAGAAAAGAGGGUGCCCUAACUGCAGGAGCUACGCUAGAUCCCCGGGUGGCCGCCGGCCCCGCCUUUCCCCGUUCUUCCGGCUUGGUCGCCCAGCCCGCCCCACCCCCGGCGCCCAGAGGGGAACUGCUUCGCACUUGGCAAACACACACCACUGAUGCCGAGUCGGACACACAAGGCCGGAGGCUAAGGGAACUCCUCGUCGCAGCAGCCUCCCCAGAACAGGUAGAGCCCUCAGUGAGCCUAGAAGAAGAUGGCGCCCACGGCCCCUCAGCUCCGGACAAACGGACGUACAGUUUGUCUGCCCAUGCGCUCUCCCAGCGUAACUUACCAACAGGCUUGCGCAGGCGCGCUGCCGCUCACUCGCUUCCCUUGCGAGAGGAGGGGAGGUGGAGCCGCGGGUUGGCUGAGCUCCUGCGCUUGCCCAAAUUCUGCCCAGCCCAGAGACCUCGACUUUGAACGUGAGAAAUUCGGAGACACAGUCAGGGCUCAGCUGGUAGGUGUACCGAGAAUCUUCUGUAGACAACUGUGGAAGUGCAGUGGACAAACCUUUAGGAUUUCCAGAAGUUAAGAAAAGAGAUGCAAAAGCAGAGAAAAGACGGUUUGUCUUUUCAGUGCU